ACACUUCUGGUAAUCAUCAAUGACAACAGACAGUUUAUUAUGUCUACAACAAAGAGGUCAGUGGGAAAAAGUUCUACAUCAAUAGCCUCUAAAAUCAGAAAAAAACUUGACUCCAGUGAUGUCCACAGUGAUUCCAAAACUGUAAAAAUUACACCUAAAAGAAAUGAAGAGCAAUCCAUCAAGUUGUCUAAUGUCCCAAAUACAAGUAAAGUGAAACAAAUAAAGGAGACUACUAGUGUUACAAAAGCUUUCGACUAUACCUUCUAUAACAGACCAUGUGAGGACCUUGCAAAGGCCUUACUUGGUAAGAAAUUAGUACGACUAUCUGAUAAAGGAGAGAGACUAUGCGGUACCAUUGUUGAAACAGAAGCCUACCUUGGACAUCCAGACAAAGGGGCUCAUUCGUACAAAGGGAAGACAAAUAAAAAUGAAGCAAUGUUUAUGGACCCUGGAACAGCUUACGUUUACCACAUACACAGCUACUGUUGUAUGAACAUAUCAAGUAAAGGGGAUGGUGCAGCUGUCCUUCUGAGAGCUUUGGAACCUGUAGAAAACAUUCCAAGUAUGAUAAAACUACGACAAAAAAGAACUCCUGGAAAACCCUUCAAGUCACAUGAACUUUGUAAUGGUCCAUCCAAACUCUGUCUAUCCCUGGAUGUCACUAAAGACCAAAUAAACAAAGAUGACAUGACAAAAUCAACAAAGAUAUGGAUAGAAGAUGGUGAAGAAUUAAAACCUGACAAAAUUGUCCAUUGUAAACGAAUUAAUAUUAAUUAUGCAGAAGAAUGGAUUGACAAACCAUUGAGAUAUUACAUACAGGGUAAUAAAUGUGUUAGUAAAUUAGAUAAAGAGGCAGAAAAAGCAAUGUAACAUGUAUAUUAUGUAAAAUUAUUGUGAAGGAAUAAGUAGAUCAGUACUUUUAUUUUAUUGUUUAGAGUUUCACUGAAAUUACAAUGUAGUUAACCAAAAUAUACCUGCUAGUCAAAUGCAUUUUGUUAAAAUAUACUUUUCACUUUUUUUGGUCUUUCGGAAA